CCAAAAGAACGACCAUGACACUCCAUCACCCAUCGCACUGCACCGGUGUUGUGCAACUCCAUGGCAACCAAUCGAUACCGGUACUAGCUACCAGUAGUGCAUAACACAUCAACCAUACAAUCGACCCCUUGCCUUAUUAGCACCACAAGAAAGCAUUGUCCGACAAACAGCCGAAAUAUCUACCUACUAGUACAGAACCAUGGUCAUCGCGUCAACACUGCUGUCGUCAGACCAAGCAGCUGCAUCUCCCAUGAUGAAUGGCACCACUCCACUCCGAGGACGCAAUACCGCCAAUGGAAAAAUGCGUCGACGAGCUUAUUCUUGGCGUGGUGAAUCUCCUCCGUACGAUCGACGCAAGCUCCAACAGACGAAUCUCAUGGAUGUCAAUCCGUCCGAAUUAUUGCCGCUGAUUAGCCAAGAAUCGCGUUGCGUGUCGGCAUGGGUAGUGACAGCCACAUCCAUCCAAGUCAUUGUUUCCAUUCUGAUUCGAGUGGCAUCGUAUGCCUAUCCCGUCACGUCGGCAUCGUCCCCACGAGCGUCGCACAAUUGGCUGUGGGAUGGCCUCGCGGUUGGUCCCAGUGUCAUUGCCGGUGUCUUGCUGCGAUUGGUACCACCUCAAGUUAUCACGCAAGAAGCUCCUGGUUUCAUCUAUGCAUCGGCAUGGAUAUUGUUGGCCAUCAAAGAUCGAAUGGGUGGUGUCGUUCCCCAUGUCCCAACUAGAAUAUGUGAAGCUGCAUUGGGGAGAUUGAGUGUCAUGGAAUGUCUGAUUCUAGUUGCUGUUCAAUUCGCUUGCACAGCCUCUACCGUCACUGUGAUUCGGUACUGUUUCCUGUCCAAGUUUGACGAUGGAUUGGCAUUGUACAUGCCCGAAUACACCAGUCGCGCUGUGGGAGAUGGGCAUCCCUGGAUUGUGGACUACUUUCACGAAAUGCUCGUCACAACUCUCUUCACUGUGGCACUGCAAGUGGUCCCUGUUUUGUUAAAGUUGAAUCGAGGUCCCGUGUGGUUGGCCUUGUUGUUUGUCUAUCCACUCUACACCUACGGUGUGGAUAGUGGCGGUCACGGCAGUACGCUGUCUCCCAGCAUUUUGUUGGCUCUAUCAUCAUCAUCUAGCUUUUAUCAAAUGGGUCGUUGCCUACCCCAAAUGUUGGGUGGUCUCUUGGCAGGUCGCAUCAUGUGUUCCUACUUUCCAGACGACGACAAACGGGCGUAGUAGCGAACAGAAUGGUGGUCUGAUGAUGGCUGAGAUUAGAGGGAGAAUGGAGUGACAAGGCAAGGACCAGGGCAGGUGUACAGUAGAAAGAAAGCAGACAUGUAUGUGACACAUAAUAGAUAAGCAGGCAUCUAUGUACAGAUAAUUGUUGGGCUUGGUUUUUGAUUUG